CUCAUAGGUUACAAAUUUAAAAAGAAGUGUUAUUUGUUAUAAAACAUAAAAGAAAAAUAGUUUUCGUAGUGUCUUAAGAUAAAAAUGUUUAAAAUAUUAACAAAUUUAUUAAGGGAUAAAAACAUCAUGGCAUCAAAAGGUUUAUCAAGAAGUAUUUCCUUUAAAAAUAAUUAUAAUUAUGCCAGCCAGAUAAUAAAAAAGUCGCAUUAUUUAAAUAAUUAUGCUAAAUGUAAUGUAUUUUAUAUGGAAUCUUUAAAGCGAAACUAUUCAGAUAACAAAAGUCCCAUGGAAAAACCUUCAACUAGUCAAAAACUUAAAAAAGCAGUAACCGAAUACGGAACUACAGUAAUUGUUUUUCAUGUAGGAAUAUCGCUAAUCUCCCUCGGAACCAGUUAUUUAUUAGUAUCUAGCGGUUUGGAUGUCUCAAAAGUUGUAACAAGUUUUGGUAUCAAGGACUCAAAUAUGGUUACAAAUGCUGGAACUUUUGCUGUAGCUUACGCUUUUCAUAAAUUAUUAGCUCCAGUUCGAAUAAGUAUAACUUUAACAUCAGUACCAUUUAUUGUAAAAUAUUUAAGGAAUAAGGGUAUUUUAAAAAAGGCUUUGUAAUAUGCUUAAUAAGCAUUGCUUAUUUUUAAAUGUAUAUAAUUUAAUUUAUAUAUUUAUCAUAUUUUUGAACAGUUAAAUAAAUAUUUUAUAUAUU